AUGUCGUUUGGUGCGUUGAGACAAAUUAUAAGGCCAUCAUUUUUAAAAUCGCUCCAGUAUCAAGCAUCUCGGUAUAUACAGCAUAACAGUAAAAUUACGGAACAAUGUUCGAAUCCGGCUUCUCGUGGCCUAGUGCUAGGUGUGUAUGCGGACGAAAACGAUCGACUAGACAUUGGCGUACUAACGCCAACGGCGGCCAAAUACAAUGAGUCAUACACCAGUGGACGACUUCUUGAGCUUUUGCGGUUGGCCGGACCUAUGCCCAAACGGGGUGAAGUUCGAAUUCUGUACAAUCUCGAGCCGACAUAUUCCGCCGUAGCCGUUUGCGGUCUUGGUAGCGAAUGUCUUGGUUACGAUGAUGUAGAGAAAAUGGAUAUAUCUAAGGAGGCAAUCCGCAUAGCAGCUGCUCGUGGUUGCCAGGAGCUACAGCAGCUGGAAACCAGCCGUAUCUAUGUGGAAGAUUUUGGCCAUGCUGAGUCAGCUGCCGAAGGAGCCCAUAUGGGUCUUUGGGUUAAUCAGGAACUGCGAAGUCCAGACCUACGAAAAUUCAUUCCACAACUUCAGCUGUACUACGAACCGGAACUGCCCUGCGAUUCUAACGGAUGGCGCAUCGGAUUGGCGAAGGCUGAGGCACAAAAUCUCGCCCGCCAGCUGCAGGAAACCCCAUCAAACUUGAUGACACCCACUACAUUUGCUCAAAAUGUCGUCCAGAUACUGUGUAAUUCGGGAGUCAAUGUGGAAGUGAAGGUACGCGGAUGGGCGGAGAAUGAGGAAAUGACUUCUUUCCUGACAGUGGCAAAGGGUUCGUGUGAGCCACCGAUAUUUCUCGAGCUAAGCUACUACGGAACCAACACGAAGGAACCGCCGAUUAUACUGAUCGGCCAGGGCAACACUUUCGACAGUGGUGGCAUCUGUUUGAAGCCACUGGAAGCGCUAACAGACAUGCGUGCGGAUAUGACGGGUGCAGCAUGUGUCGUGGCAGCCAGUCGGGCCAUUGCCGCACUGAAGCUGCCCGUGAACAUACGGGCACUGAUUCCACUCUGUGAGAACAUGAUUGGAUGUAAUGCUAUGAAGCCGGGAGAUGUCAUUACGGUCAAGAACGGCAAAAGCAUCGAGAUUGUGAAGACGAGCAAUGAGGCACCUUUGGCAUUGGUGGAUGCGUUGCUGUACGCCGAACAUUUUGGUCCGAAGUACAUCGUGGACGUAUCUACCAUCUCCAAGGCAACUAUCGAAGCGUUCGGUAAGGUGUGUGCUGCUGUUUUCACAAACUCGGAAGAUCUUUGGCAGCGAAUUCAGAAUGCCAGCAUUCACACCGGAGAUCGUGUGUGGCGUCUACCACUGUGGGAUUACUACACGCAACAGAUCUGUUCGGCAGAGCAUGUGGAUGUGCAAAAUAUGGGAUUGGGAGAAGGGGCGAAUAGUUGCAAGGCGGCUGCAUUCUUGCGUGAGUUCUUGCCGUGUGGUAAAUGGAUGCACAUUGAUGCGCUAAACGUGAUGAAAACGAAAGGGACAGAUUUCCCGUACAUUCGACGGGGUAUGGCCGGACGACCUACGCGCACGUUGAUCGAAUUUAUAGCCCAGAGCGUUGUGCAAUGUUCGGACUGUGGUAACAGCAGCUCUUCCAAGUCAGAGAUCCAACAAUUGCGAUAG